AUGACUAUUACGUCGCCCCCAGAAGCACCAUGUUUCGAAACAACGAAACGAUUGCUGGCUGGCUUGAUUAACGAAGGGCUGAUUCAUGCCGUUAUAAAGGGAUCGAAAACAGAUUCGCAACGGCAUUUACACUUGACAAAUAAUGGAAGCUCGUGGGAGAAUGGCAGAAUUUUGGUCCAAGCCACACCUGAAUGCUUGAUUGAAGAUCGCGAUGGUGAAGUGCUCCCAGUGAUACAACCCAGCAUGCUGUGCCCUCCUGUUAUUGUAAUCAGCCAGGGAGUUGAGAGCCAAACCAUCGAUGCAGGAUAUGGCGAGCCAGUCGGUCCUCGAGGAGAUCUCAAGGCAUUUGCAGAAUUCGGGGUCCAAUCAAGGUCAGACACCAAUAAAGCCCUGCGAUUCAUCUUGCUCACAAGAGAAAGAAACCUGGAUGAGAAUUGCAGCAAGUCAGAAGAUGCUGAGCUUACAGGACUCGUCAAUUUCCUGGGAAAGAACCAUGAUAUGCGGGCAUCCGACUCACCCCGUGCGUAA